GAAACGUGUUAAAAAAAUGCUUAACUGUGAUCUGCUAAGAGAAACAUCUCUUUGAGUUAUGAAUUAGAAGCGUCUGAAACUUAUAAAGAAAAUUUGUUUUCAUAAUUUUAAUUAUUGUUGUUAUUAUGGAAAUCUUUUGCAUGGACUAUUACACAAAAUGAGUUUGAAAUAUUAGUAAAAGCAUGAGUGCUCGCGUCCUCUGCUUGCAGAGGUCGAAAAGCCAAAAUAGAUGAUCAAUGUUUUGUUAAAGAAUAUUUUACUUAGAUCUCUAUUUUGUUAUAAAAAGAUUAAAAAAUGGGAAGCAACGAAGAACCUAUGCGUUUAUAUGAAGUGUUUCAGAAUUGCUUUAAUAAGAUAGCAUAUCGUCACGACAGCAGCAGAGAUGUCCCUUAUGAUGCAUUAUAUGAAACUGAAUGUGAUAAAGGUUUAACCCAGGAUCUCCUGUCUAAUUCUCAUGUGAAUAGAAGUUUAGAUCUAGCUCUUGGUGUAAACACUGAAAACAAUGCUGAAUCUUGGUCUCUUGGUUGCAAUCCUUAUGAGGAUGGAAAUGGAGGCAAAGUUCAAAAUGCUUAUGGCUCUGAUAAUUUUGACAGACCCAGCCCCCCAUAUUCAUUGGCCAAACCUGUUAUGUAUGAUGAUGGUGGUUAUUACAUGAAUGAGAGUGUUCCUGAUACUUGGUCUUCCAAUGCAAGUCUCAAUUCUCCAGAUUAUAAUUAUUCUACAUCAUUAAUAUCAAACUCAUCUGCUCAUGCUGCACCACCACCUCCUCAAGAAUUCCAAACCUCAUAUUUACCUUCCGAUUUGACAUGUACAACUGAACAGACAAACAGUAGCUUUUCAUCAGCACCAUCAACUCCUAUUAGCUCUCCACCGCCUUUGACUCCUCUUCCCAACUGGCAGCGAUCAAACCACCAAUUUACAUCUCAAUCUUCCACGUACACAGAGUUAACUAAUACAGUGAAUCUCCAAGGAGGUGGAAUAACUGAAGAAAGAAUAGAUGAUGCCAUUAAUGUUUUGAGAAAUCAUGCUGGGGGAGGGAGUACUCUGGCAUCCCUCCAACCUCUACAUUCCACUUUGGUUUCAAAAAAUCAGUCAGUCGGUGUAGAAUCCUCUUCUAGUAUCUUUCACAUGAAUCAAAUGCCACAGAAUGGUAUAUCUGAUGGGCAAAAGGCAGUUAUGGGAGUACCAAACCAAGCAGUGCCAACUCGACAGAGCUUUGCUCCUUUGAACUCUUGUGGAAGUGUAAAGAUGGAAGAAUUACCAAUUGCUAAGGUUUCACCUCUUCAGGCACCACUUCAAGUUCAUGAUCAACUUCCUACCAUUCCUGCACCUGUUGCUGUGGUAUCAUCUUCUAGCAGUACCGCAUCUAGAAAAGCAGCAUCACAAUCCAGAGGAACAAAAAGAGCCCGUUCCAGAUCAUUGGAUGAUGAAGACAAUGAUGAUCCCCCAGAAAUCAAAGCUGAAAAGGAAAAGGAAAGAAGACAGGCAAAUAAUGCAAGAGAAAGGAUACGUGUUCGUGACAUAAAUGAAGCAUUCAAAGAACUGGGAAAAAUGUGUAGUUCACAUGUGAAAAGUGCAGAUAGAGGCACUCAGACUAAACUCAAUAUUCUUUACUCAGCUGUUGAAGUUAUCACAACAUUGGAGAACCAAGUUAGAGAGAGAAAUUUAAAUCCUAAAGCAGCAUGCCUUAAACGAAGAGAAGAUGAGAAGAAUGAGGAAAUGCCCAAAGGACUUCCCGUAGGAGUCGGUAUGCCGAAUAUGACUGAGCCUUAUGCACUCAUGUGUCCUCCAACUCAGCAAUCGAUUAUUCAUCAUCUUUCUGGGCAGCCUACUUCUCUGCCUUGAUUUCUUCCCCAAGGAUUUCCACAUAUUGGCAUUAAAGAUUUUUCUACAGGAUAAAAGAAAACCAAAGAUUACUUAAAAGUGUUACUAAAAUGUGCCAUUUUUUACUGAUAAAGCAACUGCAAUUUGCAAAAACAUUCUUGACAACAAAUCGUGAUGAGCAAAUGUUUUAUGAGGUGCCUGAAUAAUUUCUGGUACUUUUUUCUCUCUGCUGGCUAUUGUCCUGACUGUAUAAAUAAUGACAGCAUGUGUUUAUUUUUCAUAUAUCUCUUCUCUCUGACCCAGUUUUUGUUAAAUAAAAUUGGUUUUAGGUUUUAAUUUAUUUUUUAUCUUAACUGAUAAUUAUAAAAUGAAUGUAGUUUUUCUUACAUUUUCUUGUAAUGGAAAUUCUGUUUUUGCAUUUUUAAUUCAUUAGUGCAAAUUUUGAUAUAAAAAAAUGUAGUUAUGUAUAAAUAUGUGUACAUAAAUACAUAUAUCAGGGGUAGUUGUUGCUGAAUUGUCUUAAUGCAAAAGCCAGAUGCAUAUCUAAAAAAUUCAAACAUUUUUCAUAUUUAUUCAUAAUAUUAUUAUUUAUUUUUUUUAAAAUGUGGUUUUAAAUCUAAAAUUUCAUGAACUGCAUGUAAAAAUUGUUUUUUGCUCUUGUUUUAACUUUUUAUAAUAUCAAAGAAUUAAAAUUCUUAACAUUUAAUUUUUUUAAAAGUGAUUUAUUUGCAAUCUAUUUUUUUAAAAGUGAAAUUUGCAAUCUAUUAUGCAUUUAAAAUUUAUUUAAUCACAUAAUUAAAUACGCUGCUUAAUUUUUUGUGGCAGAAACUUGCCUACUAUGUGAAAUAAGUAUUCAUAUAAUGAUAAUUAAAAUAUUUUUAUUUCUUUGCAUUUGAAAAUGUAUCUUCAAGCAUAGAUGCCAAUUUUGUGACUGAAAUAUACAUACACUUGGAAAUUUUUUUUUACUGUUCUUUACAAUUUUUAAUUUAAAUUUGUUUGCAGAAUUUUCAGUGUUGAGUUUAUGACUAUAAUUUGAAACAAUAAAAUGAAAUAGACUUUAGAUGUAGCUGUUAAAUUAGCCUUAUAAUAUCCAAUUCUUGGAGUUCGAAAAAUAUCUUCAUGUAUAUCACACGUAUUAUUAUUUCUUUUAAACUGAUUGGAGUAACUUAUUUUUCUUUUGUAUUUGUCCGUCAACCAUGUGGAAAAAUAAUUGCCAAGGCUUGCAUUCCCCCUAUGUUGCUCUUAUCUAAUUAUCUUAAAAAAAUAUUGUCAAACUAUAACACAAUGUUUCUAAGUUUGUGUUACCUCUUACUGUCACUGUAUUUGUUGAUUUGUUUGCUUUCUUUGAAAAUGUAUUUUAAAAUUUGUGUUUUCUUUUUUUUUUUAUUUAGUAAUAUUGCACUGUAAAUGCACAUUAUUUAGAAUCUUUAUAAGAAAUCUGCUAGUAAAAAUCUUUAAAUUUUACAUUAUAAAAUAUAAUAGGAAAUAAUAUGAGAUGAUCAAUUAGAUUUUUCCAACUCUAAAUAGCUGAAGCUAAUUUUUAAUGUUUCAUUUUAAUAUCCUAUUUUUGACAUAACUAUCUGUUGUAAUAAUUAUAAUUAAAAAAAAAUUUUUUUUUGAAACAGUUGUGCAUUUUGCAUUCUCUUUUUAAAGCACUUUACAUCAUAAUAUGACUCCAGUUUUCACAUUCUAUUCACUGGUUGCUGUGUUCACAUUACAUUAUAUUUUUCUUUUGAAAAAGCCUAUCAUCUUUCCUAACAAUUUGUUGGCAUUUGUAAAACAUAUUAUAUAUGUGUAUCAUAAGUUUCAUUGUAAUAUUGCUGUACAUUCCAUAAAACUAGCCAGUUAUUUACUAAACAAUCAUCGAAGUUUGCAGCUAAUAAUAGAAUACUUAUUUUUAGCUUGAUUGCCCAUUGAGUUUUGCUUAUCAAAAUAUAUUUGAAUUAAAUAAGCACUACAGUACCGAACCUUUUAUCUGGAAACUGGAUAGAUUUUCCGACUAGUUUUGGAAUAGGAAAUGGCUCAAUUGACUCACAGAAAAAAAGUCCUCGAGGAUAAUGGAAUUUUCAGGAUCAGUUUAUCUUCUUGUUAAAUUAUUUUGAUAAUAUAUUCAAACAGUAUUAUAAAAUAAGAUACAACAAUUGCGCAUUUUGCUUAAUGUUUCCAGUUUAAUUUUUAACUAGAAUUCUAUUGUUUACAAAAUUGUGACAAGAUAAAAUCUUACUCCAGUAUGUAUGGACAAUAUGACGUAACUCAUUUCUAGCAUAAGUGAGGUGCUGUCAAGAGAUUAAUCAUUUUAGAAGUGUAUUUUAUUGCUAUCAUUAUGUUGAAGAUAUCUAGUUUAAAGAAAUAAAAGCAUUUAUCCAGUUAUGUAUAAAUCAAUGUCUACUCUGCAGAUUCCAGACAAUUGGUUCUCUGCUAUGCACUGUUUUAUUAGAUAACAAUUUAAAAAUUAUUGCCAUUUCAGUUACAAAUUAUUUCUUUGGGUUAUUUUGUAUUUAACCCAACAAAUACUUGGCUUGAAAAAAAUUGAUAAUUCUUUUUUUAAUUUAGUUUAACUUUUUCUUAUCAAAUUUGAAUAUUUUCUAAUGACUAUUUGAAUUCAUUGCUAUUUGUGUGGAAAGUUCUUUUGCCGCAACUAGUUUAAUCUUGUUUGUUUGGACGGCCCACAUAUUUCUUCUGUUUGUUAUUGCCUUAACCAGUGAUUUCUUUUUUGAAGAGAUAAUUAUUUAACAUACAACUUACUUAGGUUUUUGUUGGUGGUAAUUAAUAUUUUUUCUUUUAUUCCAUUAUAGCAAAUCUAAUUAGUACUGUCAUCUGUUAAUUGUGCUGAAAUAAUGCUAUACUAUAUUUAGCUUGUACAUAAUGUGAAUCUUCUAAGAAAAAUGCAUUUUUUUCACUAAUUAUACCAUGGUAAAAAUUGAUCUGCGAUGUUAAAUGCUUAUUUUAUAAUAUUUUUGUAAUGUCUUUUUACCAUGUUUUAUUAUUAUAGAUCAGUAUGUAUAGACUAUGUCUGGAAAUCUUUCCUAUGUCAGAGAUUUAAAAGAAACUUUUUUAUUUAUUAAGAUUUCAAAACUUUGUGCUUUUGAAUACCAAAUGAUGCACAUCUCUGCAUUUACAUCAAAAUAACAAAAAUAUAACUGAUAUGAAAGCAUGAUGGCCACAUUUUCAUAGAAUUAUUCCAAUGAUUCACACUAAUUAUUAUAAAUCUGACCUUGGAAAGAUUUUUACGAUAUCGCUACUAAGUAUAGGCUAUGUGGGCAGUGUUUCUGUUGUUGUCCACAUGAUGUAUUUAGUGCCAGACAUACACUAGUUUGAACUAGUUUUAACUAAUCACACAGACUGGGUAAUUAUAUGCCCAAAGUUUUAAUUACCCACUGUGCACAGUCUUUAAAAAUAAAGUGCCAUUUUUUAAUAAA